AUGCAUUCCGUCAGCAUCACGUCUGUCCGUCACUGGCAGGCGGUUCCAAUCUCGCCCUCGCAGCUCUUCGAACUAUCCCUUAAUGGAAUUAACGCAGACCUCUUAGACCCCUCUCCGCCCCUCUCCACGCCAUCACAGAACCCCACAGGCCCGCUCUCCUUCUCCGACAUCACGAAUUUCACCGUUCUCCUAUUCAAGUAUGCCGGAUCGUCCCCGACGCCUCCGUGGGUUGUUUUCCUCGUUGCGGAUACUUUCCCUACCGAUAGCCCGAAAGCGUUUUUGGACUAUGGGAGCGUAUUGGAGUUAAAUGCGACUUACGUGCAGAAUGAGAGAAGAGGUCAGUUGCCGAAACGGCCCAUCCUCACUUGUCCUCCCCAUCGCCAACAGAUCAGCUAUUUCUGUGAGACCUCAUCAACUACCCUGUUCAUCCCACUGAUGCAACAAACGGACCUAGGACCCACAUUUUCUUACAAAGACGGCUCAUUCCAAAACCCAAUUCAUUUUGAGCAGUACACAAGAAACAUGUCUCAUAUUGAAUUCCCCCUUGCUCAGCCCUUCACCCCUAUUGACUGUACCGGCAUCACCAACCCUGCGGAGUUGGAAGCCAUGCUCAAAUUCUCACAGAAUAGCUACAAACGUCAUAUCAAAAGCAUCCGUGACAAUCAAGUCAACUGGGUUACUUUGAUACUGCCCUUCCUCAAUGAUCCUGCUGAUGCCCCCACACUUGCCAUGGCUCAGUGGGCCAUCAAGCAGAAGGAACUAAUGCCACGUUAUGAGCCUUUUGGAGAAAAGCAAUAUGAACCAGGCCAGCCUGAGGAUGCCAUCCAUGAGAUCCGAGACACCAUCCUAAUCAAUGCCCAGCCGCUUUUUACAUACUCGUCUCCAGACAGGGUUGAACUGCAGGUCAUUCACCAAGGCUUACGUGUCAGUGGGGGAGCAGAGCGCACAUACCAACACCAGCAGGGCAGUUUCCCUGUUGGCCCCUAUGGCACCACAAUUGUGCCCUACCACCAAGAUGUUAGUCAGGCUGCCAUGCGUCGCGAGUUCUUUGAUAUAGAGUGGUCCCUCCCUUCCAUUCACACCGAUGCGACUUUCAUGCGAGCAGCAAUUCCAACUGACAACUGGAUCAUGUUCAUCCCCACUACUGGCUUCUCGCCAAAAGGCCAACUUGUCUUUAGCCACCUAGAUAGUGGUUUCAAAGAAACAUUUGACCACUAUGCUCUUGCGACACCUCACCUUUCCCCUGGCACCUACUUGCCAUAUGACAUAGUUGCCUUUGGUGACACCUUGAUCCCAGAGGAGAUUCCAGGCAUGCAGAUUGCUCACACCAGCACCAGUGAACCAUGUGAUCUUGUCACAGUGGACAUUGGAACCACCUCUCGCUUUGCAGGAAUUUACUGGCUUUCCCCAGGCAAAUAUGAGGUCUUGUCCAAAAUGGACCUCAUGAUAUAUGGAAGGUGGUUUGCUUGGAUUUAA